AUGCCGACAUACGUAGGAAAAGAAGCCCCCUUUUUCAAAGCUGAGGCCGUUUUUGGAGAUAACUCCUUUGGAGAAGUGAAUUUAACACAGUUUAUCGGAAAGAAGUAUGUACUGUUAUAUUUUUACCCACUUGAUUUUACCUUCGUUUGCCCAUCAGAAAUAAUAGCAUUGGAUAAAGCCUUGGAUGCAUUUCACGAAAGGAAUGUAGAAUUGUUGGGAUGCAGUGUAGAUAGCAAAUACACACACCUUGCAUGGAAAAAAACCCCGCUGGAAAAAGGAGGCAUUGGCAAUAUCAAGCAUACCUUACUAUCUGACAUCACGAAAAGCAUUUCAAGAGACUACAACGUUCUCUUUGAUGAUAGC